AUGGAAACCUGGAGUCUCUCCAGAUCAGAACACCUCAAGAAACACCAGCGGAGACCCACAGGGAAGAAACCUCACUGUGGGAAACGUUGCAAAUCUUCAUCAAAACAUGAAAUACACCAGCGAGUACACACAGGAGAGAAAUCUUAUAGCUGUGAUCAAUGUGGGAAGUGUUUUGCUCAUUCAAGAAAUAUGAAAACACACGAGCUGACACACACAGGAGAGAAACCUUAUAGCUGUGAUCAAUGUGGGAAGAGUUUUACUCAUUCAAGUAAUCUGAAAACACAUCAGCGGAUACACACAGGAGAGAAACCUUUUAGCUGUGAUCAAUGUGACAAGAGUUUUACUCAUUCAAGAAAUAUGAAAACACACCAGCGGACACACACAGGAGAGAAACCUUAUAGCUGUGAUGAAUGUGACAAGAGUUUUACUCAGCCAAGCAACCUGAAAACACACCAGCGGACACACACAGGAGAGAAGCUUCACCACUGUUCAGAUUGUGGGAAAAGCUUUUCAACAUCACAGACUUUGAUGCUGCACCAGAGAACCCACACAGGAGAGAAGCCUUAUAGCUGUGAUCAAUGUGGGAAGAGUUUUACUCAUUCAAGUAAUCUGAAAACACACGAGCUGACACACACAGGAGAGAAGCAACACCACUGUUCAGAUUGUGGGAAAAGCUUUUCAACAUCACAGACUUUGAAGCUGCACCAGAGAACCCACACAGGAGAGAAGCCUUAUAGCUGUGAUCAAUGUGGGAAGAGAUUCACUCAGUCAGCACACCUGACUGUACACCAGAGAAUCCACACAACACACACUGGAGGCAAACCUUACCACUGCUCUGACUGUGGGAAGAGCUUUGCUUCCCUAAGAAACCUGACACAACACCAGAGAACACACACAGGAGAGAAGCCUUAUAGCUGUGAUCAAUGUGACAAGAGAUACUCUCAUUCAAGGUCUCUGAUUAAACAUCAGAAAAUACAUGCGGGAGAGCCACAGAGUGUGGAAUGAUCUCCAACACCAGACCUGGGUAGUAGAACACAGAAUGUGGAAUGAUCUCCAAUACCAGACCUGGGUAGUAGAACACAGAGUGUGGAAUGAUCUCCAAUACCAGACCUGGGUAGCAGAACAAUCAUCAUUGCAUAUCGUUUUUAUAUAGCACAUGGGCAGAGCGUUAUAUGUCAGACAUUUAGAAAAUGGGAAAAAAGUGUGUUUGUGUUGGAGGUGUUUUUAUUCACACUCAUGGGUUAUUAAAUCACUUUUUAUCUUUAGUUUUUACCGCAUGGAAUGGUCUCUAAAAUUAUGCUCCCUAGUAAAAAUUAUUGUUAUCAAUCAAUAAUGACAAACCUCCUGGCAUUGACAACUUAGAUGGAAAGCUACUGAGGAUGGUAGCUGACUC